AUCUUCACAAGAGUGUGAUGAAUGAUAACAGCGCAUGCACACUCGGGUUUCUGGUAUAGUACACCCUUGACUUUUGAGUGUCAGCUGGAUACGAACCGCAAUGGAUAUGGAAACGAUGUUCUACACAGUGGCAGAAGUGCUGAUCGCUGUUAGCUGCUGUCUGGGUAACCUGCUGGUCAUUUUGGCACUGUGGGUCAGUAAGAACAUUAAGCAGCCUACCUUCUGCCUGAUCGUGUCUCUGGCUGUAGCUGACUUUAUGGUUGGUUGUGUGGCCAUACCGAUGGCUGUGGUGGUGGACGGACGGGUGCAGACUUCAUUCAACACCUGUCUUUUCAUCUGCUGUGUGGUCGUCCUCUUGACUCUGGUUUCAGUUCUGACUCUGCUGGCUAUUGCAGUGGACCGUUUCCUCCGGGUGUAUAUUCCUCUAAGGUACAAAAGGACUGUAACACAGAGACACUCUUUCCUUGUGGUAGCAGUAUGUUGGCUUGUUGCAACACCACUGAGUUUUGCGCCCAUGCUUGGAUGGUACAACCACACAAACCUGUCUCAGUCCAAUUCUACAAUUGUCUGCCAGUUUGUCUCUGUGAUCCCCAUGUCUUACCUGGUUUACUUCAAUUUUUUUCUCUGUACCUUGACACCUCUGUUAGUCAUGACUGGGCUGUACAGUUAUAUAUUCUGCAGCAUUCGUGGAAACCUUCGAGAAAAACCAGGCAACAGAGCCCAAAACCAAAACCAGUCUCUGAUGUACCUGAAGAAAGAGAAACAGCUGGCAGGAUCUCUAUGCCUGGUCUUGGUUCUGUUUGCCCUGUCCUGGCUCCCGCUCCACAUAAUGAACUGUAUUGUGUACUUUGGCAGUCCGACUGAUGUACCAGUUACAGCUUUCUAUGUAGGCAUUUUGCUUUCUCAUGCUAACUCUGCCGUCAACCCAGUUGUGUAUGCGUUCAAAAUACAGAAGAUCAGGGCUGGCUAUCUGGAUAUUUGGAGACGGUGUAGUCCGUGCACAGCAGAAAAACAGAAAUCUUCAACUAUUCAGACAACAGACAGCUGUCCCAGCAGUAACGUUGUCAUUGUGACAAACAAUGACUGAAGGCAGAUCUAUGAUGGUCUGAAUAACCAUUAUAGUUAAACAUGGUAAAACAUGUCACAUGUGAAUAUGUAUUUAACUCCAAAAGCUACAAUUUCUUUGAAUCAGGUUGUAUUGGUAUGAGCACUGAAUGAACUGUUACGUUCAGGACAGAUGGUGAACAUGCACGUGUUUCUGUGUCACAGAGAAAACGUAAAAUCCCCACUUGUAACCAAAAGUUUUAUUUUUACGCUGAAGUUUCACAUCAGGGCUUUUGCUGUUCCAGUUCAGGUUCCAGUUCUUCAUGUUCAUUUCAGCAGCUUCCGCUCUGACUUUAUUCCUUAAAAACAUACAUGGCAGUAAACAAACCAGGCCUGUGAUGCUGAAUGAUUUAUCUCGUAUUACGAUGAAACUGAGCGUCCUUGGAAAACCUACAGCUCUACAGUUCGCUCUGUUGCUGCGCUCCAUUAUAUCUGCUGCCUGGUGUAACAGCCACACCACAAAAGCCAGUGAGUCAGCUCAUCUCUGACUCGACAAACAUGAAACCCAUGUUGAAACUGUGUCUCAGUCCUUCACUAGUGCCAUUAAUAGAUUUUUCAUCUGUAAAGCACUUUUAGACAAACUUCUUUUUGCAGAACUGUGAUUCAUAAUCUUUCGUAAAAUAAUGGAGAUCAGAACGAGUUUGUUUUCUGCUGCAACCAGCGGUAAAAGUCUGCAGAAGGAACACAUUUCUCAAGACAAUGGUUUUGCAACUUUUUUAUUUUUUCGUGCAAUGUCACCUUUUUUGUAGCAUUUGUGUUUUACUUGUAUUAUAUUCUGUUUCAUCAUCCUGUAAAUUAUCAUCAUUAUUUUUUGGUUAAACGUGAUUUAAUAUGCAUUUUGAGAGACUCAGUUGAAGUUUCUCACUGUUGUUUUUCUACUGUGUCAUUCUAUCUCUCAUGUGCGUGUGAGCAAAUGUGUGGUAAGAUUUGACAUUUUUUUUUCUUCUUCACAGCUAUGUGCUGUGGGUUUUUUUCUUUAUACACAACACAUUUGUGUUACUGAAGUUUGAGUAAAUUGUGUUUGAUGUUUUAUGCUGCCUUUUAGGCAGUAUUGCUUGCAGCCUGCAUUAAACAGUUUAUGUAAAUUUAAAAGCCACUAUAAUCCUCUGACGUGUGUUAAAAAACAGUUUCUGUCUGUCCUGUGCUAAUGGACUGCACUUUCAAACAUAAAAUCUUUAAACAGUG